AACCCACGCAGGCACGUGGAGAACAUGGAACCCUGGACCUCAGAACUGUGAGGCUAACGUUUUCCUUCUGAUCCACUGUGCCGCCUUGGGAUUAUCAAUGUGAGAAAAUUUCGCCUAAAAUGAAAGUGGCUGGAAUGGCCCCUUCAACCUGAGCACAAUGCAAAAUCAAGAUUAUGAUUUCUGGAGAAAUCGAGCCUUUAUGGUGAAUGUUUCUGCGUCAUAUCGCCCGACGGGAAUCCUGCUCAAAAAUGUGUUUAAAUCAAGAGUACAACUGUAUAACUUCAUUCAUUCUCAACAUAUCUGCUGAAAUCUUUCAUUUCCCGCAAUACUCGAAAACUCCUCCGCUGACAAGUUCAAGGCAAAAAAUAUCCACCGACAACCUCGCGUGGCUCAAGGUUCUCCGAGUACACGCAUCAAAAUUAAUGUUCCGAACGGCGUUGCUUGCUCAAAAUGCGCAAAUAGCGUAAAUGGAACAUUCGGCAGGUCGCAUCGUAGGAUGACUGGUUCGAACGUUGGCCUCACAGUUCUGAGUAUCUAGUUCAAAUCCCGGCCCCAACUGUGUGGAGUUUUCAUGUUUUCUCUCUCCUUGCGUGGGUUUUCCCUGGGCUCUCCGGUUUCCUACCACAUCCCAAAAACAUACAUUAAUUGGACACUAAAUUGCCCGUAGGUGUGAUUGUGAGUGGGACUGUUGUCUGUCUUCAGGGUGUACUCUGCCUCCUGCCUGAUGAUAGCUGGGAUAGGCUCCAGCACUCCUGCGACCCUUGUGAGGAUAAGCAGCUAAGAAAAUGGAUGGAACAUUCAUUGGAAGAGCAGUGUUGGCAGUAGAAUAGAUUCUGUCUGCCCUGCGACUGGCAGCCAACCAGAUCAGGGUGUGGCUCCCCCACUCCUGCCCGAAGAUAGCUGGGAUAGGAUCCAGCGCUCCCGCAACCCUUGUGAGGAUAAGCGGCUCAGACAAUGGAUGGAGGGACACUCCUCGCGGUUUCGAGAGCUGUUGGUGUAUGACGUUUUGACUACGUCAGAAGUCUACGUCAUAGUGAAACGGUGGACCGCUUUGUUGUAAUGUUGGAUUCCAGCGGGCCUCCAGUACCAGUCCCGGCGUUGGUGACGUCACCGCUAGGACCGGCGAUCAAAAAGUCAACCAUCGAACGGGGAGAUUCGAACCGGAAAUCAGAGCUUCCUUCAGGCGCAAAGUCGACGGCUCAAUGGACACCAAAACAGAAAUCGCCAUCCGCCAUCUUGAUACUCCCAAAACAACCAUGCCGACCUGUGCGUUAAUCGCCAGUUUCGUGGUUGUGAGAAAACAUUCCACAGGGGGACUCCAUGAAAGAUGACAGAGGAGGUGAUUGUUGUAGCCAAGUGGGACUACACAGCCCAGCAGGACCAGGAACUUGACAUUCGAAAAAAUGAGCGCCUGUUCCUCCUGGACGAUUCCAAAACGUGGUGGCGCGUCCGCAACGCCGCCAACCAGACGGGCUACGUUCCGUCCAACUACGUGGAGCGAAAGAACAGCCUGAAGAAAGGCUCACUGGUCAAGAACAUCAAGGACACGCUAGGUUUGGGAAAAACAAAGAGGAAAACAAGCGCCCGCGACGAUUCGCCGACGCCGAGCUCCGACACCGAAUACCCGACCAACGGCAGCGGGGGGACGGGAGGAGGAAGCGGCGUCGGGGCGGCGGAGCGGAUCAACGACCUCAACAUCCCCGCCGUGGUCAAGUUCGCCUACGCGGCGGAGAGGGACGACGAGCUGACGUUGACGAAGGGUUCCCGGGUGGUGGUGAUGGAGAAGUGCAGCGACGGGUGGUGGCGAGGCAGCCAGGCGGGCCGCGUGGGUUGGUUCCCCUCCAAUUACGUGCAGGAGGAGACUGGAGGGCCCGAUGACCGGGAGGGGGGGGAUGCCUUACGGAUAUACCACACGCAAGGGACCCCGCUGGCCAACGGGACCGCCGGCGCCCUGGACCUGGUCCAGACCCUCUACCCUUUCAGCUCCGUCACGGAGGAGGAGCUCAACUUCGACAAGGGCGAAGUCAUGGAGGUGGUGGAGAAGCCGGAGAACGACCCCGAGUGGUGGCGGUGUAAGAACUCGCGGGGCAUCGUGGGCUUGGUACCCAAAAACUACGUCGCGGUGCUGGACGAGCCGCCCCGCACGACCGUCUCGCCGCACAACCGCCACGUGGCGCCGGCGCGCACGGGCCGGUUCGCCGGGAGGGACUGGUACUACGGCAACGUCACCCGGCACCAGGCCGAGCGCAUUCUUAACGAGAGAGGGGACGACGGCGACUUCCUCAUACGGGACAGCGAGUCGUCGCCCAGCGACUUCUCGGUGUCCCUGAAGGCGGCGGGCAAGAACAAGCACUUUAAAGUGCAGCUGUGCGACGGCGUCUACUGCAUCGGCCAGCGCCGCUUCGCCUCCAUGGAGGAGCUGGUGGAGCACUACAAGAAGGCGCCCAUCUUCACCGGCGAGCACGGGGACAGGCUGUACCUGGUCAAAGCGCUGCUGUGAGGCUUGAAGUGGGGGGUGGCAAAAGUUGCGCUAACGCCGUUUUACGAAUCCGAGCCUUAUUUGGACCUCACCUUACUAAAGGCCGUCAGGUAAAACUCACUCGAGCUCGUGUGGCGGGUGAGCACGGAGGGGUCCCCCCCCCACCACCACCACCACCACCACCACCAACCGCCGGGGUCUUAAAACUCCCGACGUGAUGUCACACGCGUCACGUUCAAGUACAACCUAACACCUUUGCUCUUAAUGCAAACACAGCCGGGGGGGGGACAAAACUCGACAACUAAACAUUGAUUUAUUUGUCUUUCAGUGUCUUCUCUUUUUCCUCGUUUGAAUUUCAAUUCCUCUUCAGAGGUGUCGACCGUUGCGACGACUGCGGGAAGCGAGCGGAAUCUUUUUGUCAAAACAUUUUUCAGUCGUCCGCGAAUGCAACGGAGCCGACUGACGAUUCGUGUGCCAAAUAUUACGAUUUUUUUAUUUUUUUUUUUUUUGUUUCUCAUCAGAUUCCAAGAAAACCAAAACAUUGACUUCAUUAAUAAUUUCAAACAAUUCUUUUUCUGUCGGGGGUUGGUGACACGCGUUAUUAUAUAUAGAUAUAUGAAAAAUCUAUCUGAAUGUUAUUGAACAUUAUUUAAUUCUCGUCUCCACUGUAUGUACAUAUUCCUAAAUAAGACACCAAGCGCUCGGGCAUCCAAA